GCCGGAACGCUGAGUGUGGAACAUAGACCGGAAGCGGUUGGGCAGAGUUUAGGCAAGCUCUUGGACAGCCAUUGCAGUGUCGUGGCUCACUAACAAAACACGAAAGGGCUGAGGAAGACCUGGCAUCUUGCUGCCGCUCUCCUUUUUUUGACAGAGAUUUAAUUUAUAUGACUGUUGGAACGAACGAAUUCGGCAGAUCACUCUACAUCUAAACAACAGAAUUCCACAGGCCCGGAUAUGUCAUUCCUAUUUGAUUGGAUUUAUAGCGGUUUCAAUAGCGUAUUACAGUUUUUAGGACUGUACAAGAAGUCCGGCAAGUUAGUAUUUCUUGGCUUGGACAAUGCCGGCAAAACGACGCUACUGCACAUGCUCAAAGAUGACAGAUUGGGCCAGCAUGUGCCAACUUUACACCCAACGUCAGAAGAGCUGACCAUCGCUGGCAUGACUUUCACCACCUUUGACCUCGGAGGACACGCACAAGCUCGCCGAGUGUGGAAAAACUACCUCCCUGCCAUUAAUGGUAUCGUCUUCCUUGUGGAUUGUGCAGACUAUCAGAGACUGCCGGAAUCAAAAACAGAACUUGACGCGUUAAUGACAGACGAGACCAUCGGAAACGUGCCCAUCCUAAUCCUGGGCAACAAAAUCGACCGGCAAGAAGCCAUAAGUGAGGAAAGGCUGAGGGAAAUGUUUGGGUUGUACGGACAGACGACAGGAAAAGGAAACAUUCCCUUGAAGGAGCUGAACACAAGACCGCUGGAGGUGUUCAUGUGCAGCGUAUUGAAGAGGCAGGGCUACGGCGAGGGCUUCCGCUGGCUGUCCCAGUACAUCGACUAAAGCGGCCAAGCCCCCCUGCCAAUAACGCAUCGCCAUCACCAUCGAGAGGGCGCCGAAUCCAACCACUCCGAGUCGCCCACCAUUUCCACCGUCAUAACUAGCCCCAUGUUCGGUUAAUCACGUCUGCCGCCCAUCUCCAGGAAAAUCAGUACAACUCGAUCCCAAUAGACUUUUAUUGGUCGAACAUUUGGCUCUGCACUUAAAGCAUUCAUACAUUUAGGCUCACCUCCAUGUUAAUUGUCUUUUUUUGUUUUGUUUUUUAAGAGAGUAAACAGCAUUGGCUCCACAGCAGAGGGUGUUCACGUUCAAAUGAAUGAAUGAAUUUUUUCCAUGCUGUUUGUCGUUUGCUGCCCUCUGUCACUCUCUUCCUGCCAUCUGUUGAGUGUGAAGAUAGAUGCAUCAUAACUGUAAAUCUGUAUAUGAGUCCAUUGGUAUAUCAGCGAUCCUCUAAGGCCCUCCCCCUUCUCAUUGAACCCAUCUGGAGCAAACGAGUGACCAACAUGGCUGUAUACAUUGCGGUACACUUUUUUUUAACAGUAAAGAAAUCCAUGCAUCAUUGUAUUUAAUCGCAGCAUUUUUGGUUUGUCUUUUUUUUUUUCUCCCCUCCUGUCUUUAAGAUGGUUUGGUAAGUUAGACACGGCCAUGUUUGCAGCAGAUGUUUGGCUGUUUCACGGAUUUCUAAGAACGGAGCAUUUAUCCUAGUGUACCAUAAAUUAGAUCCAUAUAUUUUGUGGAAGUUAACCCACUUUGGUUCCAGGCAGAGUGGCUCUGAAUGGAUCCAAAUUGUCAGUAAGCUCCUUUUAAACCGAAGCAUGGUAGUUCUACUGGGGGGGGGGGGGGUAUUUUUAAUAGGAAAUAAUACUGGCUAGAACUCUUGUGUAGAUGGCACAAAGGUCAGUUGAUGCAAAGAUUUGUAUUUAAAAGAAAUAAAACUUUGCAACAAUGCCAUAAAAGAUGAGGGGAGGAAAAAACAGACGUUUUUAAGAUCUAGUAGUCCUGAAUAUUAGUCAUACAGCAGUUUGGAGUCCAGACCAGGGACAUGGUCCCCACAGUGGAGAAGGGUAGAAGGAACCUUUAAGAAAAGGGACCAUAUAUGAAAUGUACAUGAACAUCGUACAUGGAUAUUUGUAUUUAUGAGUGGUAUCCUUUGAUCUAUGUGCAUUAUCAGGAACUAUUAUGCAUGCCUUGUUCUUUUGAUUUUUAUUUUGUUUUGGAAGACCAUUACAGGAGGGGAAUUGAUGCCAAAAUUAAGAGAUUGUCGUGUUUUUUUCUCUCCAGGAAAUGAUGAACUCACAUAAUAUACUUUCUCUGUCCCUGUCCCUUUGUGUCUCUUACAUUCCCUCAUAACUAAGCGAUGAGCUGUCCCAACAUCUAUGGGACUUGCUGUUAAUUUACAACAAUUAAAAAAAUAAAUGUUUGCAAUGAACAA